CGUCAAGCACAAGGUCCCAAGGGCAGGUGCGCCAACCACCCGCCCUGGGAGGAGCGAGAUUAGGGCCUUGGGUCUGUAGCAACCGCCCGGCCCUGGGUGUGGGCCUAAAUCGCGCGCCCCUGGCCUUGCCGCUGCCCUGGGAUGCUUUUCACAACCGAGUCCCGGGCGCCGCGUGCGGACUCCGAGUUCGCGCUCUAGUUGACAAGGGCUUGUCACUUUUCCUACUCUAUUGCCACCAAGUGGCGAUUACACCACUUCGGACCUCCCUUUGGUGACGCGAGGACGAAUGGGUGACCACGUCUACUUCGGAGCAAACUUUCUCUACACCUGUUAAUUAAUGACCUUUAACACUAAAAACAGGCAAGCACACAAAUUAGAAAAAAACAACAAACCCACACAGACACACACUGCGCGCGCGCGGGUCCGAGAACCAGCUCAGGGAGAGAGAAGUGGAACCAGCACAAGAACCUCGCCAGCGCCAGCUUUGAGGGAGCCGAGAGAGCCGAGUGCAGGCGAAAUGGCCCUGGUGCCCUAUGAGGAGACAGCAGGAGUGGGGUUGCAGAAAUUUCACAAGCCCCUUGCCACUUUCUCCUUUGCGAACCACACGAUCCAGAUCCGGCAGGACUGGAGACAGCUGGGCGUGGCGGCGGUGGUUUGGGACGCGGCUGUCGUUCUCUCCACGUAUCUGGAGAUGGGAGCUGUGGAACUCCGGGGCUGCUCGACGGUGGAGCUGGGUGCCGGCACUGGGCUGGUGGGCAUAGUGGCUGCCCUGCUGGGUGCUCAUGUGACUAUCACGGAUCGGAAAGUAGCAUUAGAAUUUCUUAAAUCAAACGUUCAAGCCAACUUACCUCCCCAUAUCCAACCCAAAGCUGUUGUUAAGGAGCUGACUUGGGGACAAAAUUUGGGGAGUUAUUCACCUGGAGAAUUUGACCUGAUACUUGGAGCUGAUAUCAUAUAUUUAGAAGAAACAUUCGCAGAUCUUCUGAAGACUUUGGAACAUCUCAGUAGCAACCGCUCCGUGAUUCUUUUAGCUUGCCGAAUUCGCUAUGAACGGGACAACAACUUCUUAGCGAUGCUGGAGAGGCAAUUUACUGUGAGUAAGGUUCACUAUGAUCCUGAAAAAGAUGUAUAUAUUUACAAAGCACAGAAGAAAAACCAGAGGGAGGACUUAUAGUUGACUUUAAUUUAUAAGAAUGUUAUUGCGUGUGUCAGUGAAGGUCUUAGACUGGGAAUUGAACAUUUAAUGAAAUGGCUUACUGAACAAAAAGUCUAACCAAAGGUUCUCAAGGGACAAAGCACAUGUUUUAAAACAAAGCAGCACUCUAUCCCACUGCUAUGACUUUUUAGUCCUAUUUGACUCUGAAAAAUUUAACCCCCAUUAAAGGAACAUAUUGAGAUAUCUGUGUCCCAUACUCCUCCCUCUUGAUACACAAUUUCCCCUGAUGAUAUAAUGAAGGGCCAGUAUAAGGGUGUAGUCAAAGCAGUGAGCUUGUUUGGGUGAGGCUAACCCAUGCAAAUUAUUUUACAUACAUUCUGAGGUAUAUGUUUAGCCCAGUUUUCUACUUUUUUGAAUAUAAAACAAGAGGCUUGAUGUAUAUAUCCCCUGAGCUGUUAAAGCUCUUGAGAUAUUUUUUUUAUCUGCCCCAUUUAGGUCUUAAAUAGUUUUGGCUAUUUGAGAGUAGGAUAUGAGUUCUCGGAGGUCUCAUUUCAUGCUUUUUGGCUUAAUUUCUGAUUUAGGUAUAUAAACAAAGGAUUAAGUAAAAAUAAAAUUUUAGCUGCUUUUUGACAACCCCUAAAAUCUCGGCCCUCCAUGUGCUGUGCACAGGCUUUCUUUAAAAGCUAUAGGUUUUAUCUUAGCACUCCCUUUCCUCAAAUGUUGUUCUUGUAUUUCUUGCCUAGGCUUUCCCCUCCUCUUUGUAAUGCAUAGGGUGACAAUGAAAACGGUUUUAAAUCUCACCUCUUAUGGAAGGUUAGCUCCCUGGAGGAGAAGCUCCUUCCAUACUGUACUUGUAAGUGCUUACUCUGUGUCCGGACUCCCCCAGAAGAUGGGGAGCCUCUUGAGGGCCAGGACUGCUCGAUCGUGCCUCUUCCCUGACUGCCUCCCAGUAGCCAGUGUCUCAGAGCCAAAUAUUGGUUGAAUGAAAAAGAUACAUUCCAUUUAGAGGGGACUGGUUUUUGGGUUAAAUGAUUGCUUCAUUGUUUUAUGAUUAUCUUUGACAGACUUUAUGAAGUCACAUACUUUUUUUUAACUGUACAAGCUUAACAGCUUCAACAAAUUUACAUGACAAGAAUAUUAUAUAAUCUCAGUAUGGUAUUUGGUACUAGAUUUCCUUUGUAAAACAUUAGAAAUAAGACCUCCUCCUUCCUCUUAACCUUCAAUGACUAUCUUGGAUGUGAAAAUACCAAUACGUUAUUUUCUACAUACAUUUUAGAGGUUUUACUUUAAUA